AUGCCUGUACCAAUAUUACCUGAUGAUUGUAUCGUAAACAUUUUAGAACAAUUGGAAUAUGACAAGUCAACACUUUAUAGAUGCCUCUUUGUCAAUCGUUUUUGGUGCAUAUAUGCUGUUCGUUUACUUUGGCAUCGUCCUUUUUCAAGUUCACAUCGUGAUAAACAUUAUAUGAUUAUUAAAACAUAUCUUUCAUUUUUCAAUGAAUCGGAACAAAAAAGUCUUAUACCUUUCAACAUUACUGUCGACUAUCAAAUUCAACAAUCUCCUCCAUUAUUUCCUUAUGCUAAAUAUUUAGAAGAAUUUUCUGAUUUGGAUUUUGGAUUAUCAAUUGAAGUUUUCUUGAGUAAUAGUGAUGGACAAAGUAAUUGGAGUGAUCGUAGAGUAGAUGCAAUUUUGAUAUCUCUUUGGCGUAUGUUAAUGCGUCAUUGCGUUAAGAUAAAAUCGAUGAAGAUUAGACCAAGUUUAUUUCUUUAUGGAUUUGAUGGUCCUGAUAUUGAAAGUAUAAUGCAUACCAAAUCAGCUUUUGAUCAUUUACGAGAGUUUGAUUUUUAUGUGGAUGAAUAUUAUGAUGGAACUUUUUCUCGAACAAUCGACUUAAUUCAAAAGCUUCCAUCUUUAUGUUCUGGCAUUAAGAAAAUGUCAAUUUGUCUUGAAGAGGAUCCUGCAUAUGAAAUUGAAUUUGAAGAGGAAGCAUGUUGGAUAGCUGAAAUAAUUGAAGCACAACAUAACAUUGUUGAUUUUAAAUUUUCUGCAUCUAAAAACAUGCGUACUGUUAAUAUCGUUUCUUCUGCACUAGUGAAAAAUGUAAAUAGAUUAACAUCUUUAUCAUUUAUCGGUAUAAAUUUUAAUGGAAUAUCUUUAAAAUUAUUAUCAAAUCUUCAAUGUUUGGAACGAUUGGUAUUUUCAAUUUGUUCAGGACUUACUCAAACACAUGUACAUUCCUUUCCACAAACUUUAAAACUUCAAGAGCUAAGAUUGGAUAGAAAUGAAUGGGUGAAUGAGGUGGAUGUUGGAUUAAUCCAAAAAUGUAAAUCAUUAUCAAAAAUUGUAAUAAAUAAUCUUACAACGGAAAAGAUUGCUGCCGCAAGAAAUUCCACCAAUAUUAAGGAUGUAACUGUUGAAAUGAAGUCAGUUAACUUUUUGGAAGAAUUUUUCAAAUGGAUUCGACAAUAUAAGAUGUUAGUUAAACUUCAUAUUAAGAAUAGUUAUUUUAAAGGAGGAGGUCAAUUUAUAACAAAACUUGGAGAAAUUUUACCACCUUCACUGGUUUAUCUUGGAUUGGUUUGCGAAGUUAUUGAACCUGAGGAAUUAUCCGAAUUCUUUAGGGAGUGUAAUGCACCAUUAGAAACUUUAAUUAUUGCACUUGAUCCUUUAGGGUAUGAACACCUUUCCGUGAUAGAAAGUUUUGUUACUACAAGUUAUACACUGAGAUUAUUAAGUUUGUCUAAUAGAUCAGAUAGUGAAAUUUGGGGACCUCGAGAACUAGCAGUAAUUGAAAGGAUUAAACAACAUGGAGUAGAAAUGUUUGAUUAUGUCUCAUAUAAUUAUUGUUUGGCAGGAUGUUUUCUUUAA